AUGAAAACAGUUACAUUAGCAACAUGCAAUUUAAAUCAGUGGGCUAUGGAUUUCAAGGGUAAUUUAGAAAGAAUUAUUGAAUCCAUUAAAAUCUCAAAAUCAAAAGGUGCAAAAUAUAGAUUAGGUCCAGAAUUAGAAGUACCAGGGUAUGGGUGUGAGGAUCAUUUUUUAGAACAAGAUACAAUGUUACAUUGUUGGCAAAGUUUAGCAAAGAUUUUAAAAGAUCCAGAAUUAACCAAAGAUAUUAUUGUUGAUGUUGGUAUGCCAGUAUUACAUAAAGAUGUUAGAUACAAUUGUAGAUUUAUUUUGUUGAAUCAAAAGAUUUAUUUAAUCCAACCAAAGAAAGCAAUGGCCAACGAUGGUAACUAUAGAGAGAAUCGUUGGUUUACACCAUGGAUCAAACCAAGAGUAGUUGAAACAUUCUAUUUACCAAAAAUUAUUAGCGAUAUCAUUGGUCAAGAUUCUUGUUUGAUUGGUGAUGCAAUUAUUUCAACAUUAGAUAGCGCCAUUUCAUCAGAGACAUGCGAAGAGUUAUUUACACCAAAUUCACCACACAUUCAAAUGGGUUUGGAUGGUGUCGAAAUUUUUACAAAUGGUUCUGGCUCCCAUCAUCAAUUAAGAAAAUUGGAUCAACGUGUAGAUUUAAUUCGUACUGCAACCAGUAAAUCUGGUGGUGUUUAUUUAUACGCUAAUCAACAAGGAUGUGAUGGUGGUCGUCUUUAUUAUGAUGGAUCCUGCAUGAUUAUGAUUAAUGGCGAUGCUGUUGCUCAAGGUAGUCAGUUCUCUUUGGUCGAUAUUGAAGUUAUCACCGCUACUGUAGAUCUUGAAGAUGUUAGAUCAGUCCGUGCAUCUUUUAUGGCUCGUUGCGCUCAAGCUAAUCUUACACCAGAGUUUCCUCGUGUUCGUUGCCCAAUCUCAUUAACCCAUACCGAUUAUAACCAUCCACCAAAUCGUGUCAUUAAGAUCAAAUACAUUACUCCAUCAGAAGAGGUUGGUUUUGGUCCAGCUUGUUGGCUUUGGGAUUAUCUUCGUCGUUCUGGUUUAAAUGGUUACUUUUUACCAAUUUCAGGUGGUGCCGAUUCUGCUGCAACUGCAGCCAUUGUUGGUAUUAUGUGCCAAUUAGUAAUUUUGGAUGUUAAAAAAGGUAACAAGCAAGUAUUACAUGAUGCCCGUCGUAUUGCAAAUGCACCAGAAGAUUAUUUCCCAACCGAUGCACGUGAAUAUGCCAGUCGUAUAUUUUUUACUGCAUACUUGGGCUCUAAAAAUAGUUCAAAAGAAACCCGUGAACGUGCAGCACUCAUUUCAAAAGAUAUCGGUGCAGUUCAUAAAGAAGUAGAUAUCGAUGAAAUUACAGGUGCAUUUGGUGGUGCAUUCGGACAAAUUUCACAGAAACAACCACAAUUUAAAGUAUAUGGAGGCACAGUCAGAGAAAAUUUAGCACUUCAAAAUAUUCAAGCCCGUACCCGUAUGGUACUUUCCUAUCAUUUAGCAUCACUUUUAUUAUGGGAACAAGGGCGUCCAGGUUCACUUUUAGUUUUAGGUUCAGCAAAUUGUGACGAAAGUCUUCGUGGUUAUAUGACAAAAUACGAUUGCUCAUCAGCAGAUAUUAAUCCAAUUGGUGGAAUGUCAAAAUUAGACUUACGUUUCUUCUUGGAAUGGGUUGGUAAAAAUCGUGAUAUGGGCUCAAUACUCACAGUUUUAACAGCGGAGCCAACAGCAGAACUUGAGCCAGUAACAGAAAACUAUGUUCAACAAGACGAAAUUGAUAUGGGUAUGACCUAUGAAGAGUUAAGCAUUUUUGGUAAACUACGUAAAGUUAAUCGUUGUGGUCCUGUAUCAAUGUUUGAACGUCUUGUUGCCGAGUGGACUCAUUUAGAGCCUGUUCAAGUUGCCGAAAAAGUUAAAAGAUUCUUUUACUAUUAUGCAAUCAAUAGACACAAACUUACAACCUUGACCCCUUCAUACCACGCCGAAGGUUAUUCACCAGACGAUAAUAGAUAUGAUCAUAGACAAUUCUUAUACAACUCAAAAUGGGAUGUCCAAUUCGAAACCAUCGACAAUAUUGUUAAAAGAUUAAAUGAAAGACCAAGUUUAAUUAAUUCUCCAUCCUCCCCAUGUGAAGCAACUUUAACACAACAAUAAAAAAUCAAUAAAACAAAUUAAUAAUAAUAAUAAAAAAUAAAUAAAUUGUUUAUUUAUAAAUUAUUUAAAAUAGAAAUUUGUAC